AAAAGGCUGCGCCGGAUAUGCUUGCAAUCUCAGCGAGUUUCCCAUCAAUCUGGAGUAGCUAUUGGCUGAAUAGAACUGCCCUAAGAAGAAAGAGGGUGGAUCCAUGUGAAGUGACCAAUCAGAGGCAGGGAUACAACCGCGGGGAACUUUGCUAGCGCCAUUUUUGUACAGGGCUGCAAUUCUAUUUCUUUCGUGGCAAGUAUGGACAUUGAAGUAUUGGAUACAUCGAAGAAUUUUGUUCCCUUAGGAAAGAUGGUGUUCUAUAGCGUCUUGUAAUUGCACUGCAGAUCUUGGCGAUUACCGUCCUCCUGGUGGGAUACGGCCACCCUGGUAGGAUGGCACUGAGAAGAUGGACUUCGCAGCUGGGGACAGCAGCUAAGGGAUUCCUGAGAGCUGGUCAAGGUGUUCGAUUCAGUUCUGCAAUUUCCAGCUCCACAACUUCUGUUGAAAAUGGACUGGAUACAACAGAAAAUGAGAUUGUUGCUCCUGAUUUUACUAACAGGAAUCCUCGUAACUUGGAGCAGUUGGCUCUAGCAAGGAAGGAGAGAGGCUGGAGAACAACAUGGCCGAAACAAGACUAUUGGCACAGGUUGAGACUUGAACAAACACAGAACCACGUGGAGGCCAACGUUGAACAUUGCAGUGGUCACAUUGUAGUCUCUGCUUCCACCCGAGAAUGGGCCAUCAAAAAGUACCUUCAUCGUACAACAGGCGUGGCAGCAUGUGUGAAUGUUGGGCAUGUGCUAGCUCAACGUUGUCUUGAAGCAGGAAUCAACUUUGUGGAAUUCCAAACUAUAACUCCAUGGGAAAAAUGUUCUGAUUCGAUCCAGAGCUUCCAGAAUGCAGUGAGUGAAGGUGGUGUUGUACUGAAGGAGCUGCGAAGAAUUUAUGAAUAAAUAUAAAGCUUGUGAGAAUAUGCUGAGAAAGAGACUAUUGAAGAAUCUCAAUUUAAAUAAAAGCCUAAUACCAAA